CGUCCUGCUCCCUCCCCUCCUGGCCGUGGGGCCCGCCUGGCCUUGCCUUUGGGGCUCAGAGGGCUUUCUCCGAUGGGGAGCGCGUUCCGGAGCGAGCCGGUGGGACUGGCCCAGCUGUUGCAGGCCGGCACCGCCUACCACUGUCUCAGCGCCCUCGGAGAGAAGGGGCUGGUCAGUUCCGAGACUAAGCCCUUGUUGUUGUUUGUCUCCUGGGUUUCUGGAGUGGGGACCCCUGAAAUCCUGAGAUUCUGGAAAGCAGCGAUAGCAACACUCAAUCAAAAUGUAAGUGCAUUUCAGAGAAAAUUUGUUGGUGAAGUGAAGAGGUGUGAAGAACUAGAACGAAUAUUGGCAUAUUUAGUGCAAGAAAUUAAAAGAGCUGAUAUUCCCCUUCCUGAGGGAGACACGAGCCCUCCUGCCCCACCUCUUAAGCAAGUUUUAGAAAUGCAGGAACAGCUACAGAAACUGGAAGUCGAGAUGAGAGAAGUGACUAAGAACAAGGAAAAACUAAGGAAAAACCUGCUUGAACUAAUAGAAUACACCCACAUGCUGAGGGUGACCAAAACAUUUGUUAAACGAAAUGCUGAGUUUGAAGCAUCUUUACAAUCCAGUUAUGAAGAAUUUCCUUCUUUAGAAAAGGACUCCUUGGUGGACUAUAAUUGCAUGCAGAGACUAGGUGCCAAACUGGGAUUUGUAUCGGGCUUAGUUCAUCGAGCAAAGGUCGAAGCGUUUGAAAAAAUGUUGUGGAGGGUCUGCAAAGGUUACACUAUUGUCACCUAUGCAGAACUAGAUGAAUGCCUCGAAGAUCCUGAAACUGGAGAAGUCACGAAAUGGUAUGUGUUUUUAGUAUCCUUUUGGGGUGACCAGAUUGGCCAGAAGGUUAAGAAGAUAUGUGAUUGUUAUCAUUGUCAUGUGUACCCAUAUCCCAGUACCGCUGAGGAGCGAAAGGAAGUUAACGAGGGACUAAAUACACGUAUUCAAGAUCUUUACACUGUGUUGCACAAAACUGAAGAUUAUUUAAGACAAGUGUUGUGUAAAGCCGCAGAGUCCAUCUAUACUUGGGUUAUCCAAGUGAAGAAGAUGAAAGCCAUUUAUCAUAUGCUUAACAUGUGUAGUUUUGAUGUCACGAACAAAUGUCUCAUUGCGGAGGUGUGGUGUCCAGAGGCAGAUCUGCACAGUUUGAGGCGAGCGCUUGAGGAGGGAUCACGAGAGAGCGGAGCUACAAUUCCUUCAUUCAUGAAUACAAUCCCAACGACCGAAACGCCUCCAACUCUAAUCCGCACCAACAAAUUCACCGAAGGAUUUCAGAACAUUGUGGAUGCUUAUGGAAUCGCAAACUAUGGAGAAGUUAACCCAGCUCUCUACACCAUUAUCACAUUUCCUUUUUUAUUUGCGGUGAUGUUUGGAGACUUUGGACAUGGCCUUUUGAUGUUCAUUUUUGCUUUCCUGAUGGUGUUGUAUGAAAAUCAUCCUAGAUUGAAGCAAUCACAAGAUGAGAUCAUGAAGAUGUUUUUUGACGGACGUUAUGUCAUUUUGCUGAUGGGACUUUUCUCAGUAUAUACAGGCCUCAUUUACAAUGAUUGCUUUUCAAAAUCAGUAAACAUAUUUGGCUCAAAAUGGAAUGUUUCAGCAAUGUACGUACCUGCUAAGGCUGCAGAAGGAGUUAACCAAUCUGGUCUCUGGACUGAAAGUGAUGUGGCCUCUAACCAGUUUCUGCAGUUGAAUCCAGCCAUUUCUGGAGUGUUCAUGGGCCCUUACCCUUUUGGGGUAGAUCCGAUUUGGAAUUUGGCCACCAAUCGCCUCACUUUCCUAAACUCUUUCAAAAUGAAAAUGUCUGUGAUAUUGGGAGUCACUCACAUGGUUUUUGGAGUUGCUUUGGGAAUCUUUAACCACUUGCAUUUCAAGAAGAAGUACAAUAUUUAUUUGGUUUGCAUCCCUGAACUCCUCUUCAUGCUCUCUAUCUUUGGAUACCUUAUAUUUAUGAUUCUGUAUAAAUGGCUUGCCUAUUCAGCAGAAAACUCCAGGACUGCUCCAAGCGUUCUGAUUGAAUUCAUUAAUAUGUUCCUGUUUCCUUUGGGUGGAUCGAGUGAGCUUUAUCCAGGGCAGGGUCAUUUUCAGAGAUUUUUGCUUAUUAUCGCAGUGUUUUCGGUACCUGUGUUAUUCUUGGGAAAACCACUUUAUCUACUUUGGCUGCACAACGGAGGACAUUUCUUUGGAACAUUCAGACGUGGUUAUACAUUAGUAAGAAAAGACAGUGAGGAAGAAAUUUCUUUGUUGAGAGCUCAUAAUAUGGAAGAGGGAAACCUCCAAUUGGAGAGCGAUGGACCCAGAGAAAGAGAUGUAGAGGAGUUCAACUUUGGAGAAAUUUUUAUGACUCAAGCCAUUCAUUCCAUUGAAUACUGCUUAGGAUGCGUCUCCAACACCGCAUCCUAUCUCAGACUUUGGGCCCUAAGUCUGGCUCAUGCACAGUUAUCAGAAGUGCUGUGGGAAAUGAUCAUGCGAGUGGGACUCCGUGUGGACAGAACUUACGGGGUCGUGUUGCUGGUUCCUGUUUUAGCUUUCUUUGCCGUUCUAACAGUGUUCAUUCUUUUACUCAUGGAAGGGCUUUCUGCAUUUCUGCAUGCUAUACGGCUGCAUUGGGUGGAAUUUCAGAACAAGUUCUACGUUGGUACAGGCAACAAGUUUAUCCCUUUCUCUUUUAAGCUGAUUUCCUUACAUUUUAAUAAAGUUGACAUGGCCUAAUUGGCCGCUGACACCAUAAGCUUUUAGGGAUUUGGAGCGUUAUGUUGUUGAAUUCUCGCAUAGAAUCUGUGGUAAAAAAAACGUUUCUCUUCCCCCCACUGAUAGCAGCCAAAUAAUUCUAUGGCAUUAUCUCUCUCUCAAACUCAUUCACUAGCUACUGGGGAUAUUUUGUAUCCCAAAUUGCAAGUUUUGUUAAUUUCAUGGUGAGCAAAUGUAAAUAGAGUGUUUUGUGUUUAUUCUUAAAACAAAUGUUCUUCUUAAUUGUCAAUAAGAUUUAAGUUUCCAGUCCACAAAAUAUGUACAGAUUUGCUUCAUAUACUGCCUUAACUGACAUAAUUGAUCAGACCCUUACUUUUGGAGCAGUUAAAUUAAGAUGUAUUUUCCUUAAGUACUUAUAAUAGUGGAUGGCAGAAAUAUUACAUUUAUAAAAUGUGCUGGUUUUUGCCAGUUGCAAUGGCUGUAGUAUUAUAAUGAACAUAUAUUUUUUUACGAUGAUGGGAUAAAAGGAGUUAAAGUGCAAAAGAUUCCACUGUUGAAGUGUUUUGUUUAAUUUUUAAGGAUCUGACCCAGUUCUCUUUCCUAAAAUCUUAUAAAUAGUUGAACAGUGAGAAUAAACUAUAGGGUUGGGUUUCAGAGUGAAGCAGAAUCAGUUAAGAAAUUAUACACAUCAUUUUAUUGUGAUGACCAGUUUACCUGAAGUUGAACCAAAGGUUUUGAAACAGAAUGAAGGAAAUGGUAUAAAGAUUGAUUUUGUAUAUUUUUAUUAAUAAAGUUUAAAUUAAAAUAUUUUACCAAACUGAAUUUUUGUCAGGAGAACAGCAUAAUUCAUUUUACUCGUUCUCUUUAUUUGAUUAUUCUAAAUAAAGGUCAAAGUACCGUAUUUAGAGGUAAUAUUUUAAAUUGAUUUUUUUCAGAUAGCCAUUAAUUUAAAAUGAACUUUCAUAGUUAAGAUACUAAUUUAUGGUCUUCUGUAUAAUUUAGACCCAUUCAUCCCACUAAAAUUUAAUUUCCCCAACUGCUAAUUUCAAAUCUAUUUUGUAUUAAUGUGUUAUGUGAUUUUUCCAAUUUGUUUUUUCAAUUUGUUUUUUCAAUUGUUUCAGUGUUUUAGAUGGCUUUCAAAAUGAAACAAGUAUGGACUUAUUUCCAUGUGCUUAAAUUAAAUUUUAAAAAAUUUUCUUAGCAAAUUAUAUAUACUUUUGCAAUUCUUAACAUAAGCUGACACGUAAUAUUGUACUACUUUCAUCAGUUUUAGUUGCAUUACAAGAUGAGGCCAGGACUAUAAUUUAAGUCUUGAAGAGGUUAUUUUAAAAUAAGAUUUGAAAAGAGAUGUGAAUAUUGGAGAACUUAGUUUAUUGAAUAGGUCUGAGGAUCUCUUUUGAUGUGUUCCUGUUGAUAUAGAAAAGAAAGUUUUCUAAUAACGUGAAUCAUCUCUUGCUAUGCAGACAAAAAUGCUCAGUGCAGGAUAAUUAAAAAAAUUAUAAAUAAGGAAUUUAAGUUCUUGUUUUAGAUGUGGUAAUGCGUUGGUUCUCUUUUUUUUCCCCCUUAAAAAUCCAUUGCUGGAAAUUGCUACCAUCACUGUUGUGGAUACUUAGAAUCCUAAGUCUUGAAAAAAUGGCCACUGCACUUUACAGAGGGAUAAAACUUUUCAACUCUCCCAUGUGCCACUUUUUAAAUUACAAUGUACAUAAUAUUUCCUAAGGCAAGUUUAUUAGGAAGUGAAUACCUAGCCUAAUUAGGGAUGAACAGAUAAUUGAGGUUUGCAGAGUACACUUCUUCAGACAAUAACUCUGUGGUUCUGUAUUUUGUAAAAAUCGAGUCCUAGAAAGAAAGUUUUUUACUCGAGUACUUAUUCAUUUUCAAUGUCAUGUUUCAGAAGAGAGAUUCAUAUAAUGAAUGUCAAAAUGUGAUUAUUCAAGUGUCUCCCAUUCACCUUUUCUUCUGUGGCACCUUGCAAAACAGUGAAAUUUUCAAGGGUUUUUUCAGAGAAGUUAACCCGGCGGGUAAUGUUCAUUAUGAUUAACAAGGAAGUCAAGUUGACAAAACAACAGUGAGAUCUUUAGUACACCAUAAUGAGGGAUAACCUAUGCCUCGAUCAUGGUAAAGGUAGAACCUCUGACAGGGCAUAAUAGCAUAAGUAAAAUAAGAAUUUUAUUUCAUCUUAAUUUUUAUUAAGGUAUGACAGUACAUAGACUCCAGGAUUUUCCUAUAAAACAUGAAGCCUUUUAAAAAAAUAUGUUCAUCAGAAGGACAUUUGUAGCCAAAUCAAUUUUGAUUCCAAAGCCAUUAGGGUGGUCUUGCAGUUUGCAUUACAGAACUACUGAUUACUCCAAUUUCUAUUAUCCUACUUUAAGGAGAGAUUUUUAAAAAUGAAAUUUAAAGAGCUGUACCUUUCACAGGCACUCCUGUGAGACUGAGCCAUUAAAAGAAGUCAGAGUGUGGCCCAUAUUUAGUUCUGGGACUGUGUAAAAAUUGUCCUUCGACUCGAGGACAGUGCUGUUGGCGAGAGUGUAUCUGUGGGCAGCACACUGAUAAGCUCAUAUAGAUUUGCACACCGUCCAUAAACCUUUUCUGGCCCCUUGCCAUCUGGGAUGAGCAUUGCUCAAACACAAGGGCUACAAAGGGGCAGGGAUGGCCUAGAACUCAGCUGAUAGGUAUUAUAGUCGGGCCCUUCGAACCAAGUGCUUUGCAAGCUUAAACGAAAGUUUCUGAGAGAGAUUGAUUUCUGUCCACGAUGACUAAGUGGCACAGAAAACAAAAAGCUAUGUAAGAGAAGGACUGGCCGGAAAACAAGCCGAAUGCAAUUAGUGCAUGAGAAAACUGAAGACAUGCACCCUUCUGUGAGGAUUCAGAUGUUGAACAUAAAUUUAUUCAUAAAUAAAUAGUUUUUUACAAAA